AUGAUGUCCUCAAAUAUACUCUCGCGGUUUCUCCCACCUACAGACUCGCCAUCCGUCUAUGAAGCCAUCCGUGAACAUGAUGCCGAAUCCGAUUCCUCUGAUGUUGAAGAGCGUGCAGGGAUGGCCCCGAGGCCGGAUCAGGAACAUUUCAGUGAUGGGGAGCUGGAGGAUGCGUUGGCAGAUGCAAGGGAUAGUCAACUGUCUAGCCCAACUGCAGCUUUGCUCAGUCGGCCGUCACCGCAGACCCAUCCUCGGGGCUCCCCAUCCGUCUCACGUCGUAGAUCUUCCAGACCCCGAUGGAUGACUCGGACGUCUUCUCAGGGAAUUGAGCUUGAUGAUCGAGAUGAAGAUGUGCCGCAGUCCCUCUUGGUCGAGGCCCAUGACGACGAGGAUUUACGGGCACGACUCCCUCCUCCGCCUCAAAUGAUGCCUAGUCGCUCCAGAACCCCCAGUCCUCCGCCAACUUCAUCCGCUGCACCCCCUCCACGCUGGGGACCCGCUCAUACUCGACAAUCCUCGGAUACCGAUGACCGUCAUCCUUGGAAGCGAUGGCUGUAUGGCCAGCAACUCAGUCUGGCUAACGUUGAUCCCAAAAAGAAAGCCAUGUGGCGCUGGGCCAAUGUAGAGGACUUGGACAACUUCCUAAAGGACGUGUACAUCUACUUCUUGGGAAAUGGAUUCUGGUCUAUUAUUCUAAGCCGAACCUUGAAUCUGUUGACAUUUGCCUUCGUAGUGGGGUUCUCCACCUUCCUCACCAACUGUGUCAAUUAUCACAAAGUCCGCGGCAGCAAAUCACUGGACGAGAUUUUGGUACCCCAAUGCACGUCUCAAAUGUCUGGCUCCACGCUUUUCUUGCUCUGGCUAUUCAGCUUCUUCUGGAUCGGAAAGCUCUUCCAGUAUCUGCUGGAUAUCCGAAGGCUUCAGCAUAUGCAUGAUUUCUAUUUUCAUUUACUUGGCGUCUCGGAUGGGGAGGUCCAAACCAUCGCCUGGCAAGAAGUUGUCAGCCGGCUGAUGACGCUGCGAGAUUCUAAUCCCUCCACAGCAGCGGCAGUAUCUGCCAAACACCGACGAUUCAUGGGCAGUCAAUCAAAACAGCGAAUGGAUGCUCAUGACAUUGCAAAUCGUCUCAUGCGCAAAGAAAAUUAUAUGAUUGCACUGGUCAACAAGGAUAUCCUGGAUCUAACGUUGCCAAUUCCAUUUCUGAGAAAUCGCCAGCUCUUCUCACGAACGUUAGAAUGGAACCUCAAUUUGUGCAUCAUGGACUAUGUUUUCAAUGAACAAGGUCAGCUGCGCACCUUAUUCCUCAAGGAUACCCAUCGAAGAGCGCUAAGUGAUGGGCUACGACGGCGCUUUAUAUUUGCCGGUAUCAUGAACAUCUUUGUCGCUCCAUUUAUUGUCGUCUACUUUCUCAUGCACUACUUUUUCCGCUAUUUCAAUGAGUUCAAAAAGAAUCCGGGUCAGAUCGGAUCUCGCCAGUACACUCCAUUGGCAGAAUGGAAAUUUCGCGAGUUUAAUGAGCUCUGGCAUCUAUUUGAGCGUCGGAUAAAUAUGUCUUACCCAUUCGCCAGUCGCUACAUCGACCAGUUCCCCAAAGACAAGACAGUUCAGGUGGCUCGGUUUGUGGCCUUCAUAUCGGGUGCACUAGCCUCGGUCCUUGCCCUUGCAUCGGUGGUGGACCCGGAAUUAUUCCUCGGCUUUGAGAUCACUCCUGAUCGUACCGUUCUCUUCUAUUUGGGUAUCUUUGGUACAGUUUGGGCAUUUGCCCACGGACUGGCUCCCGAAGAGACCGAUGUCUUUGAUCCGGAAUACGCACUUCUCGAAUUGAUUGAUUUCACUCACUACUUCCCGACGACCUGGAAAGGACGCUUGCAUAGUGACGAUGUGCGCAAAGAAUUCGCUGUCUGCUAUCAGAUGAAGAUUGUCAUAUUCUUAGAGGAGAUCCUCAGCAUGAUUUUUACGCCCUUUGUGCUGUGGUUCAGUCUCCCCAAGUGUAGUGACCGGUUGAUCGAUUUCUUUCGCGAGUUCACCGUCCACGUUGACGGAAUGGGUUAUCUGUGCUCCUUUGCGGUCUUUGAUUUCAAAAAAGGCACGAAUGUCAUGUCCGCGGGCCGGAAAGACACUCCUGGUCGACAACAAGACCUACGAGCAGAUUACUUCUCAACCAAGGAUGGAAAGAUGCUUGCUUCAUACUACGGCUUCUUGGAUCACUAUGGUCCCAAUCACCCGCCUGGUGGACGACGGCCGUUCCACCCACCCCCGAAUCUACCCACACUUGGACCCCACGAUAUGGGCCUCCAUGAUCGAUAUGAUCCUCAACCUCGAUCGGGGGCUAUGGGUGGACCAUUUGGUCCGUCCCUUGUAGCUUCCAGGUUUAGACCUAUGGCAGCCGACCAGAUUCGUUCCCCCACGGCUUCUAUGCUUCUAGAUCCACAUAAUCAGCCAUCCACAUCGGGCUUCCGCCCUGGACGGACUGCGCCUUACCCCCGCUCUCGUCUUGCUCGGUCGCAGCAUCCUAUGGCUGAUACCGCCGAAGAUGACGAGCUACCGUCGGAAGCCACUCGUGAUUCUUUGAAUCGAGCCACAGGCCCCGCUGGUGCAUCCAGUGGUGGGGUUGGCACGAGCGAAGGUGAUCUGGGAGAUUCGUGGCGAAUGAAUCCGCUGGCAACCGAAGGCGACGAAAAUGAGGAGGGUGAUGAGGGUGAGCAUUUAGAUGAUCUGGCCGGGGGAGCCGGUGUGCUGGGACUCAUCCAGCAGUUCCAGAGGGCCAAUACAGACGGUCGACGGACUACGGUUGGAAUAUAG